UUUCCGUGCUGAGCCCGCAAGCACAAGAAUGAGCGUCACAGCGCUGUUUGAGCCUAUUCGCUCUUGGCUCUCAUCUGAGAGCCUGCAGUCAUUUGUAAACAGCCACCACCAGCAGAUUAUUGCUCUCCAGAAGGAUGCGCCGGUCGGAUCAGCUCUGCAGGUCCUGGCCGAGAACAAGAUCCUGAGCGUCCCCGUGCUGGACGAGGAAGGCGAAUACCUCGGCGCCUUCAGUGUUGGCGACGCUCUCCGCGUGUUGAUGCAGGAGCUCGAAUCACAGCUGGGCCAUGGCUGGUUUGACCGCCUUGCCCAAAUCAAGGCUUCUGAGCUUGAGGCCAUUGGUAGCAGCCUGUGCAGCAAGAAGGUUUACACCGUCACCCAUCCCGGUGACCUGUGGCUCAAGGGUGACUCCAAGACCACUGUGCUCACCGUCAUCAAGGAGGGCUUCCAGGUGCUGGAGCCGAAGGGUCAUCAUCGCAUCUUCGUUGUCGACCCCGCGAAGGCGCACACCGUGACCGUCCAUGGCUCCACGGUCGUCAUCAAUAUCAAGCCCGGUUCUGAGAAGCCUGAGGCCAGCGGACUUCGCCCGACGGACAUUGUGUCCCAGCUGGACGUUGUUAAGCUGCUUUCGGAACACAAGGACAAGCUGGAGCUGGUUAUGACUAAGACUCUCGAGGAGCUCGAGAUCUUCGAGGGCUCCGUCUUCACUAUCCAUGCAUCCGCAUCGGCUCUGGAGGCCUUCCACCACAUGGCUCUCGACCACAAGUCCUGCUUGGGCAUUGUGGACAACACCGGCAAGCUGAUCGGCAACGUGUCAGUGAGCGACCUGCGCUUCCUUGGGCCCCAGAACUAUGGCCUGCUGCUGUCCACGGUUGCGGAGUUCAGCGUCGUCAUUGCAGGGAAGGGCCCCUCGCAGGAGGAGGCCAUUAACGGUGCUCGUGUCGCGGGAGCUGCCGACGGCAAAUGGUCUGAGGUCCUGAAGGAUCUGCCGCUGCCCACGCUCAAGCCCAGCGGCACCUUCGGUCAGCUGCUCGGGACAAUGGCGUCAGAGAACCUGCACCGUCUCUACAUUGUUGACGAAGACGGCAAGCCGGUCUCCAUCGUCACUCUCACGGACGUGCUUCGGGAGAUCAUCAAGCCCGAGCCGCCGGUUCACCACUUCCAGCGUAUGGGGACUAAUGACCUGCCCGACGAUGAUGACGACGAUGACGAUGAUGACGAGGAGGAGGAAGCAGAGGAGGAGGCGAAGUAAGGAGUAUGCCUGAAGACCUGACCACAGCUGAACGGUUUAACACGGCUACUUAAAGCCGGAGCCGGGCAGAGCUGUAUGAAAUUGAUAUGAAUAACUAAAGAGGGCUGCAGCUUUGCGCAUGGAGGCGCGCGAUAGGAUAAUCUUGCCCUUAGGGGUACACUGCAGCCCAGCGAGUUCCAAUGCUGGCCGCAUGUCCGCCUAUGUUUGCAAUGGCAGUGAUGUUAUGGGGGGGUGCAUAUGUGCAGAUGUUUUAGGAGUAGCUCCUAGGCAGUGAUAUUACGGCCAGGGUUCUGUGCAAGCGCUGCACAUACAAGUACAACAUUUCCUGCACGAUUAGGACUGGGUGGAUUGCUCGGUCUGCUGUUGCUUCAUUGCAUAGGUGUUUUGCUGCUGUCGUUAGAAUUUUUUAUUGCGUGCACCGGACUUCACGUUCUGCAAAUGCUAAUGCGCAAGUGUGGGCAGCUGGGCAAGCAUCAUAGCUCAAAUAAAGUUCUGGCCAGCGUGCUAUAUUGUAACCGUGUGCCUUGCG